AUGCCUUUCGCACAAGAGUUUGACUUUAUAAUAGUUGGAUCUGGACCAGCUGGAUGCGUUUUGGCCAAUCGCUUGUCAGAAAAUCCCGAUUGGAAGGUUCUUCUUCUCGAAGCUGGAGGCCAAGAAACCCUUUUCCACGAUAUUCCUCUCAUGGCGGCAUAUUUUCAAUCAACGGGAUCUAAUUGGGGAUAUUUUGCUGAACGUGAACCCGGAAUUUGCUGGGGAAUGAAUGGACAACGUUGCGCAUUUCCUCGAGGGAAAAUAUUAGGCGGGACUAGUUCUAUGAAUUAUAUGAUCUACAAUCGAGGAAAUCGUCGGGAUUUCGACAGAUGGGCGCAGGAAGGAAACUAUGGAUGGUCGUAUAAUGAAGUCUUGCCGUACUUCAUGAAGUCAGAGCGAUCAACGCUCAAAGGAGUCGUGGAUUCGUCUUAUCACAACAAAUAUGGCGAGUUGAAUGUCGAGUAUGUUUCGUACAGAACUCCAGCGGCGCGAGCUUUCGUCAGAGGAUCUCAGCAAUUGGGCUACAGAUUGACGGACUACAAUGGAAGGAAUCAAGUGGGAACGUCCUUCGUUCAGGCCACAACUCGACGCGGCGUUCGUCACAGCGCUUCAAGUGCGUUCUUGGAACCAAUCGUCAACAGACCAAACCUCAAGAUCAUGAUCAACAGCCGAGUGACGAGGAUUCUGAUCGAUCCGGACACGAAGAUCGCGUACGGAGUUGAAUAUGUGAGAAACAGGAAAACCAUGCGAGCUUAUGCUACCGGUGAAGUUGUCAUCUCGGCAGGAGCCUUUAAUUCUCCUCAACUUCUUAUGCUGUCCGGAAUUGGCCCUCGAGAUCAUCUGAAGGAACUCGAUAUUCCAGUCAUUCAGGAUCUCCCAGUUGGCCAAAUUAUGUACGAUCAUAUGAGCCAUGGAGCUUUAACUUUCGUGGUCAAUUCAACAGGCUUUUCUCCUUUUACAAGUCAGCUAAGAAUUGAUGAUUUCACCGAUUAUUUCCUCCACAGAACAGGAAAAUUCUCUUUAAUAGGCGGAGUUGAAGCUCUAACAUUUUAUAAAUCACCAAACAGUCGAGAUCCUCCGGAUUGGCCAGAUGCCGAAAUUAUUUUCCUCGGUGGAAGUUUUGCUUCAGAUGAGGGAACAGGAACAAUUAGAGGAAUGAAUAUACGACAAGAUAUAUACGAUACUGUGUGGAAAUCUCUUGAGAAUUCACAAACAGAUCUUUGUGGUGCUUUUAUUAUGCAGUUCAGACCCAAAUCGAAAGGAUACGUGAAAUUGAGAGACAAGAAUCCUUGGAGUUGGCCAAAAUUCUAUCCAAAUUACUUCCAAUACGAAGAAGAUUUGGAAAUCUUACUUGAAGCGACGAAAGAAGCGAUUAAAAUAGCCCAAACGCCAGCAAUGAAGGCGAUUGGAGCAAGAAUUUGGGAUAUUCCUUUGCCAGAUUGUGCGCAUCUUCACUUCGGCACUGACGAUUAUUGGCGUUGCUCAAUAAGAACGCUGUCUUUGACGCUCCAUCAUCAAGUCAGCACUUGUAAAAUGGGUCCUUAUUACGACAGAACCGCUAUUGUUGAUCCUGAAUUGAGGGUUUAUGGAAUUCAGAAGCUUCGCGUGGCCGAUUGCAGUGUCAUUCCUCAUCCUCUUACAGGACACACAAAUGCAGUUUCAUUCAUGAUUGGCGAGAAAUUAGCUGAUAUGAUUAAGGCUGAUUGGAAAUGUGGAUUGUUGCAAAAGACCCAAAUCACAUUUGUGUAA